CUACAAGCAACUCGAGGUGCCAGCACCAAAGGCACAGAAUGUUCCGAGAACAUCACCCUGGAUGGAAAAUGGUGAAGGGCAAGAAGAGGAUCCAAUCUGAGGAGCAUCCCUCUAGGCUAUCUGAAAGCAGGCUGGUUCGGCAUCAGGUGGAUGGAUGUCCAAUUGUGCUGAAGGAGUGUUUCAUCCCCCUGAAUCCUGUCAAGUUCAGCAGUUCCAUGUUGGCUGCCAUGGAUGCUGUGGUUCGAGCACAUCUUCCGAGCCUGGAUUGCCCAGCUAUUCCACAAGACGCAACGAAACCAAAUGUGGAACAAAGACUGAAACUUACCUGCAAGAGGAGACUUGCAAUGUGCCAGGUCAAGGCAACACCCAGUGUUGUGGAGGUGUCUCCCAGGCUGACACCUGCCGCUGUGUGGUUGCAAAGGAGGAGGUGCAUGUCCUCAGAGCCAUCAUCUACCACUGCUGUGGAAGAGGUUGUGGAGGAGGAGGAGGUCAGCAGGUCAGGUCCCCCUAUUCAGCGCCCAUCAAGAUUCAUCAAAAAACAAGCCAGUACUGGAUCAGAUCAUCUCCUUAUCCCAAGGAGUUGGACUAAGAUCACCCCUUGCCAGAGGAGGAGACUACCCCGUCCUUCAUUCCCUGUCACUUGAGUAUACAUCAUUGUGGUAGGAUUGUGAAACCCUCACGCCUUACUACUUGAAUUUUUGACAGACAUAAAAGCACUUUGAAAUUGAAAUUGACUGACUAAAGUUAGCUGAACUGACAACUACAAAAGGAACAAACUUGAACUUGAGUGGAGCAAAGAAAUCCUGAAUUCCAUUCUAUACCAGAGACA